GUUCUUGUAAUAACACACAUAAUCAUGAAUCCCUUAGUAGAAAGUGAAGAGAAAGAUAAGAAGGAGGCCGGCCUACUUUGCCGUCAAUCACCUAAAUUCCCUUUUAGCGCGCUUUGCUACUCAUCCCUUUGUUCCCUUUUCGUUGGCUCAUACUGGAAUACCAUCAGAAACACGGGAAAAGAACACACAGGGGAAUAAAAGCCAAAGCAAUACCUUUGCUUGGCUGAAGUUGGGAUUUGGUCUUUCCAUUCAGCUGUUCUUCAGUGGAGGCAAUGGGGGUGGAAUUGCCAGAAAUUGGAGCUCAAAUGAUGAAAUUCGCGAUCUUCUCUGUUAGAGCGUGUUACAGAAGUGUUAGCAAUCAUCCCUUCCUGUUUAGUUUGCUGUGUUUUUUGGGCUUACUGUACAGAUCAUCUCCUUUUCUGUUUUCUGCAUUACUGUCCAUAUCUCCUGUUGUUGUUUGCACUGCUAUUCUGCUUGGUACUUUAUUAAGUUUUGGCCAUCCAAACACAUCUGAGGGAGAAAGCGAAGAGAAGAAAACAGUUCAUGACAUACCUGUGCCUCUAAAAUCUAGGGUUUCUUUUGAUGCCGUUGCUCUUGAGAAAGAUGUGCGCGAUUUUGCAGUGCAUCCAGGUGGGGAGCCGAGUCGGGGUGAUUAUAUAUCUGAGUUCGGAAGGGGUAAUGGUUUUGGUGAUGGGGAAGUUCUAGGGUACUCUCCGAUUCCGAACAUGGGUGACAAUAAUCUGGAGUUUGAUAUUGAUAAAUCUGUGGAUUCCUUUGACUCCAAGGCGGUAUACAUCGGUUCUGGACCCGGAUCACCUUGGAAUCAGGAGGGUGACAAAGAAGAAGAAGAAGAUGAUGAUGACAGCAGCGAGGAUGAAAGUCUAGAAAGUUCUCCACGUGCUCCGAUGGACAAUAUACUCCCAAUGCUUGAUGAACUCCACCCUCUUUUGGAUGAAGACUCUUCUCGACCUGUCAAUCUAGAUGAAUUUAGUGAUGGAAUUGUAAACCAGGAAGAGGUAGAAGAUGGAGAUGAUGAGAGUGAGAAUGAUGAAGAAGAUGAAGAAGGGGACGAAGAAGAAAGCAAUAAAUCUGUAAUUAGUUGGACUAAAGAGGAUGAGAAGAAUCUAAUGGACUUGGGAAGCUCUGAGCUUGAAAGGAACCAAAGGCUGGAGAGGCUUAUUGCGAGAAGAAUAGCUCAAAAGAGUAUGGGAACAACACCGAUCAAAAGGAAUUUGAUAGACCUAGAAGGUGUUGUUGAUCUUCCCUUCAAUGUUGCUCCCAUUUCAACUGCUAGAAAAAAUCCUUUUGACAUUCAUGAUGAUGAUCAAAAUGACCGCAAUAGUUUACCACCAGUUCCUGGGUCUGCUCCAUCUGUUUUACAUCCUAGGAGAAACCCGUUUGACGUUUCUUAUGACGCAAGUGAAGAGAAAGCUGAUCUUAUGGAAGGUUGUUACGAAAAGGAGUUCAUGGGAUUUCAACCUAAAGAGCUGUUGUUCGCAAGGCAUCAAAGUUUUAAGGUACAACCAUCAUUAUUUGGGCAAAAUGAACACGAUAGAAGCUUGAGACCUUUCUUUUUUUCGGAAAGGAUGGGACCGGAAGGUGAAAGUCACACAUCUUUUCAAAGACAAUUGAUAGAUCUCAGUGACAACAAAGUAAGCUUUAUUCCCGAAAUUGAAUCAGCAGGUUUAUAUAGUCCUCUGGAAGGCCACAACCCUAAUGAAAGGAAUCUAGAAGAUCAAAACAUAAUUAUUGAUCAAUUUAUCUCUCAGGAUCCAGAUCUGAUGUCUAGGGCAGAACAUGUAUAUGAUCGUGUUGAAUUUGCAAGCAAUUUUUCUGAAGUGGAACAAUUGGAGUGGGGUAGAAAUGGUAAAAAAGACAAUUUUGGUGCUGGGAUUGAAUUUAAACAUGACAACAAAGAAACUCAUCAUGGUGAGAACCCAAGUUUGAUCAAUGAAAAUGUUGCCGAUAUGUUGGACUUGAGUGCCAGAGAAACUAAUUCAAGCUCAGCAUUUUUCAAACAUAGCCAUACCUCAAAAAUGCUAUCAGAUCUGCAAGACGUAAGUGAACACACUGAAGAAGUGAUUUCUAAGGAGCCUUUAGUAGAAAGGUCUGAUGUCAACCCACAUAAGGAAGCUAUACACAAUUCUAGCCCCAUAUCACUUCCGAAUCACAAUUCUUCAUCCCCCAUUUCAUUUGCAGAGAGAGGAUCUGUUGAAAGGAGUCUGGAAAUCAAUAACUCUAUUCUGAUUAGUGAAGAGAUGUUAGGCACCUCACCUAACUCACAACCAGUAAAUCAAAAUAGGUAUUCUGUGUUUGACCCGAAUACCGAUAUCAAGGCUUCCCAUGGUGCUGCGAUGGAAUCUGUCUCCAGGUCAUCUGAAGAUAUAUGCGUUGACUCGUCUGAAAACAAUGGUACAUCGUCAUCCACAAAUAGUCUCACAUCAGAGGAUCACAAAGAAGGGCAGGAAUCACCCCUAAUACUGCUUGAACCAGAUCAGAAAACAGAUUUUGGUCAAUCAGACGGUUCAAGUUCAUCAGAUGUCAAAGACAAGAACGAAGAAUCUGUCAAGUCAGAUGCAAGUACAAGCUCCAGCUCAGAGUCGAGCUCAAGUGACUCGGAUUCAGAAUGAGAUGCGAGAAAAGAUGGAUUUUCUUCUGCUUCAUUUAAAACAGGUCUCUGUUCAUUUUCAAUCUCUUAUUUUUUAGAAUCAUUUUUGAGCAUAUAUUUCUUUGAAAAUGAGGUCUUGAUUUGCUUUCUUGAAAUACCCCUGUUUGAUCAUGUAAUUUCAGUUUUGUGGUAAUUCGCAGAGCUAUUAUACAUUCAAAUAUGCUUUCUGUACCUACAAAUAAGCUCUUGACCUAUUUGUACAGAGUAAUGUUGGAAUGUUAUUAUACGUUCAAAUAUGUUGUGUACCAACGAACAUACAAUAUACUUCAUUUGAUUUU